ACUCGCUCUUGCUGGCACCCUGCUUGAGCAGCUAUGUCAAAAUAAUAAGGCAUUUCACAGGACGGUUUUUCUCGGAGAACCUCGCGUUUUGUCGGGAUAUAAAUUUACAAGAUGCAGAACGUUAUAAACACCGUUAAAGGGACGGCGCUCGGCGUGGCUGAGUUUCUCACCCCGGUGUUAAAGGAAUCGAAAUUCAAAGAGACUGGAGUCAUAACACCAGAAGAGUUUGUUGCAGCUGGAGAUCACUUGGUUCACCACUGCCCCACAUGGAAAUGGGCCACCGGGGAAGAAGUCAAGGUGAAGCCAUAUUUGCCCCCGGAUAAACAGUUUCUCCUGACACGCAAUGUUCCUUGUUACAAGCGCUGUAAACAGAUGGAGUAUUCAGAUGAGCUGGAAGCCAUCAUAGAGGAGGACGAUGGAGACGGGGGCUGGGUGGACACUUACCACAACUCAAGUGUGUUAGGAGUCACAGAUGCUGUACGAGAAAUUUCACUGGACAAUAACAAGGACAAGAAUAUGAAUGCCAAAUCUGCAGCAUGCUGUGAUGAUGAUGAUGACGAAGAUGAUGAAGAUGGAGAAGCAGCAGAUAUGGAAGAGUACGAGGAAAGUGGCCUGUUGGAAACAGACGAGGCGACCCUGGACACCAGUAAAAUGGUUGAAACCAAAGCCAAAGCAGAACCUGGCAGUGAAGACGCCAUCCUUCAGACUAGAACAUACGACCUGUGCAUCACAUACGAUAAAUACUACCAGACCCCUCGACUCUGGCUGUUUGGAUAUGAUGAAGACAGGCAACCGCUGACUGUAGAACAGAUGUACGAGGACAUCAGCCAGGACCAUGUCAAGAAGACGGUCACCAUCGAGAACCACCCCCACCUUCCUCCACCUGCCAUGUGCUCUGUCCAUCCCUGCAGACAUGCUGAGGUGAUGAAAAAGAUCAUUGAGACUGUGGCAGAGGGCGGAGGAGAGCUUGGAGUGCAUAUGUAUCUUCUGAUUUUCCUCAAGUUUGUCCAGGCUGUCAUUCCCACAAUAGAAUACGACUACACGAGACACUUCACCAUGUAGCUUCAUAAAUCUGCCUCCGCUAACGCCACAUCUGUACAUGGGAACGAUCAGCUCUUCUGUCUCUGUGUCGAGGUUACAUCUGGGGUGCGUCCAGCGCCGAUACAAACGUGUCCUGUCUACCUGUCCUUAGCCUAGCGAUAGCAUGAGAAGUCUUUUUAUUUUACCUGUGGAAAACUGGAAGUGUAAAAUCACACUUGGAUAUAUUUGUAACUAGCUUGCAAGCUAACAGCAAUGUCGAAUGGUGUUUUUGCGCUAAGCUAGGCUAACCACAUGCUGGACAGACUUCUGCACUGGACACACAGAUACUGAACUCCAUCUUCUCAUCUGACUCUGGGUAAGACUGCAGACAAGGCUUUGUCCCAAACUUCGGACUGUACCUCUGAUGUUUCUCUACAGGUUUAACGUUGUGAUCACAAUGUGGUGAGCUCGCACAACGUUCUUGUUAAGAGGAUUGUGAUGCUGUUACUAAACCGCACCCCAUUCCACAUUGCUUCGCUGCUUCAAACGUCCAUCUUCAGAAAAUAAAGUCACCCCGGUCAGCUUCUUGAGUCAUUAAAAAUGAGAUGGUUUAUCAGAGCUGCCUGAGAGAACAGUGAGACUGAACAAAAACAGUCCAUAGCCCGUCACUGCCUUCAGACAUCUGAUUAUGUCCAUCCACUUCUCGUACAGCUACCCCACAAAUAAUACCCAGAAGAAAAUAUUUCAAAUGUCUCUGUACCUGACAGCAGCAUUGAUAGAAGCUUCUUGACUGUAACAGUACCCCAUGCCUCUCUGCAGUGCUUACUACUGUCUCCAUUCUCACGUUGCAGAAGGCUCAGCUUGCUCCUGUCAUUGUAAAUCAGCUCUUUAUGCCAGUUUGUCUUAAUACUUCAUUCUCUGAAUGUGUCGAUGGCCAGGCCUUUACACUCAGCCAUGGUUCUUCUGGUUGGCUUAUAUGUUUAUAUUCCCUCCUCUGCAGCUUGUGUCAAAACCUUGAGACUUCUUCAGUUCGUCCUGCUUCUACAAUGAUGCAUCAGUAUCAGUACCUAUUGUGUCUCGGAGCUACGUGAAGGUCGGCUCUAUCUAUUGUGCAGCGUUCUCACAAAACAAAUCUCACAAGCCUCUCUGUGUGUUUCAAUAACUUCUUCAGUUUCUGGUCUUUUUUGUUGAUGAUAUUGUGACUUAUGAACUAUAUUGGGCUCAUUACACUAACGUGUCUGACAGUACUUACAGAAAUAAAUGAAUUACGCGCUUCAGUGAUCUCUACUUUCUUUGUUCUGGCUUGGUUGGAUCAAAUAUUCAUCUGUUGGCGCUUACUGCCUGUUGGUCCGGUCUCCUAAUGUGACUUGCUCAGUGGUAACACUUGAACAUUUUAAAGUAAUGUACAUUAAUCAAUAAAGAGUUUCCCAAAUAUUGCAAACA